GGUCAGGAGAAGGUCUGGGGAAAAUAAUCCAGAGAUUUCCACAGAAGGAUUGGGAUGAUACACCCUUUCCACAGGGAAUUGAAUUGUUUUGUCAGCCUGGUGGGUGGCAGCUGUCCAAAGAGAGGAAGCAGCCAACAUUCUUUGUGGUGGUUCUGACAGACAUUGACUCAGAUCGGCAUUAUUGCUCAUGCCUAACCUUCUACGAGGCAGAGAUCAAUCUUCAGGGAACAAAGAAGGAGGAGAUUGAAGGUGAAGAGGAAGUGACUGGUUUAAUUCAGCCUGCGGAAGUGUUUGCUCCUAAAAGCCUUGUGUUGGUAUCAAGAUUAGAUUAUCCAGAAAUUUUUAGGGCUUGCCUAGGCUUGAUCUAUACUGUGUAUGUGGACAGUCUGAAUGUCUCCUUGGAAAGUCUCAUUGCAAACCUUUGUGCCUGCCUCGUCCCGGCAGCUGGAGGGUCUCAGAAGCUGUUUUCCUUGGGUGCAGGAGACAGACAGCUGAUCCAAACUCCUUUACAUGACAGUCUUCCUGUCACAGGCACGAGCGUGGCUCUCCUUUUCCAGCAGUUGGGAAUUCAGAAUGUCCUCAGCCUCUUUUGUGCGGUCCUCACAGAAAAUAAGGUUCUCUUCCAUUCUGCAAGUUUCCAGAGACUUAGUGAUGCCUGUAGGGCCCUGGAAUCUUUAAUGUUUCCGCUUAAAUAUAGUUAUCCUUACAUUCCCAUUCUCCCGGCUCAGCUACUGGAAGUUCUAAGUUCCCCAACACCUUUCAUUAUUGGAGUGCAUUCUAUCUUUAAAACUGAUAUCCAUGAACUUUUAGAUGUAAUCAUAGCAGAUUUGGAUGGAGGUACUAUUAAAAUUCCUGAAUGUAUUCACCUCUCUUCCCUCCCGGAACCACUUCUACAUCAAACUCAAGCAGCUCUUUCUUUGAUUUUACACCCAGAUUUGGAAGUAGCAGAUCAUGCUUUUCCUCCACCACGAACAGCUUUAUCCCACUCAAAAAUGCUGGAUAAAGAAGUGCGAGCAGUUUUCCUUAGAUUAUUUGCACAACUUUUCCAAGGAUAUAGAUCAUGCCUACAGCUUAUAAGAAUUCAUGCGGAGCCAGUAAUACAUUUUCACAAAACAGCUUUCUUGGGGCAGCGUGGUUUGCUUGAAAAUGAUUUCCUCACUAAAGUACUCAACGGAAUGGCAUUUGCAGGUUUUGUUUCAGAAAGAGGUCCUCCCUAUAGAUCUUGUGAUCUCUUUGAUGAGUUGGUAGCCUUUGAAGUAGAGAGAAUUAAAGUUGAAGAAAAUAACCCUUUGAAGAUGAUAAAGCAUGUCAGAGAACUUGCUGAGCAACUAUUCAAAAAUGAGAAUCCAAACCCUCAUAUGGCAUUCCAGAAAGUCCCACGCCCAACAGAAGGAUCCCACCUGCGAGUUCAUAUUCUUCCUUUUCCAAAGAUUAAUGAAGCCCGGGUUCAGGAGUUAAUACAUGAAAAUCUUAUUAAGAACCAGAAUGCACCUCUCGCUACACGAGUGGAAAAGAAAUGUGUUGUACCAGCAGGUCCCCCUGUGGUUUCAAUAAUGGAUAAAGUGACAACGGUUUUCAACAGUGCACAAAGAUUAGAAGUUGUGAGAAACUGCAUAUCAUUCAUAUUUGAAAAUAAAACUUUGGAGACUGAAAAGACUCUUCCUGCAGCACUGAGAGCCCUUAAAGGAAAGGCAGCAAGACAGUGUCUCACUGAUGAACUGGGUUUGCAUGUCCAGCAAAACCGGGCAAUAUUAGACCAUCAGCAGUUCGACUAUAUAAUACGGAUGAUGAAUUGUACUCUACAGGAUUGUUCAAGUUUAGAAGAAUAUAACAUUGCUGCAGCAUUACUCCCUCUAACCAGCGCUUUCUAUAGGAAACUUGCCCCUGGAGUCAGCCAGUUUGCCUACACCUGUGUACAGGACCACCCCAUUUGGACGAAUCAGCAGUUUUGGGAAACAACCUUUUACAAUGCAGUGCAGGAACAGGUUCGCUCCCUCUAUCUGUCAGCCAAGGAAGACAAUCAUGCCUUACAUCUGAAGCAGAAGGACAAGCUUCCUGAUGACCAGUAUCAGGAGAAGACAGCAAUGGACCUAGCAGCUGAACAGCUACGCCUUUGGCCUACUCUAAGCAAGUCAACUCAGCAGGAGCUGGUGCAACAUGAGGAAAGCACUGUCUUCAGUCAGGCCAUUCACUUUGCAAACCUCAUGGUCAACCUGCUAGUGCCUCUAGACUCAAGCAAAAAUAAGCUCCUGAGAACAUCAGCACCAGGCGACUGGGAGAGCGGGAGCAACAGCAUUGUCACAAACAGUAUUGCAGGAAGUGUGGCUGAGAGCUACGAUACAGAGAGUGGGUUUGAAGAUUCAGAGAAUAACGACAUUGCCAAUUCUGUUGUACGGUUCAUUACUCGAUUUAUUGACAAAGUUUGUACAGAGAGUGGAGUCACUCAGGAUCAUAUCAAGAGCCUUCAUUGCAUGAUACCAGGAAUUGUAGCUAUGCACAUAGAGACCCUGGAAGCGGUACAUCGGGAAAGCAGAAGACUUCCACCUAUACAGAAGCCCAAGAUUCUCAGACCAUCUCUGCUGCCAGGAGAAGAAAUUGUUUGUGAAGGUCUUCGAGUCCUGCUAGAUCCUGACGGAAGAGAAGAAGCCACUGGAGGCCUUCUCGGAGGCCCUCAGCUCCUGCCAGCAGAAGGAGCACUGUUCCUCACCACGUACAGAAUUCUGUUCAGAGGGACUCCCCAUGACCAGCUAGUUGGUGAGCAGACAGUUGUGCGGAGCUUUCCCAUUGCCUCCAUCACCAAGGAGAAGAAGAUCACGAUGCAGAACCAGCUGCAGCAGAACAUGCAAGAAGGACUGCAGAUCACAUCCGCAUCUUUUCAGUUGAUUAAAGUAGCAUUUGAUGAAGAAGUCAGCCCAGAAGUAGUAGAAAUCUUUAAGAAACAGCUGAUGAAGUUCCGUUAUCCUCAGUCUAUCUUUAACACUUUCGCUUUUGCUGCUGGACAAACUACCCCACAAAUAAUUUUACCCAAACAGAAGGAAAAGAACACUUCCUUUCGCACCUUCUCAAAAACAAUUGUAAAAGGCGCCAAAAGGGCAGGGAAAAUGACAAUUGGGAGGCAAUAUUUAUUGAAGAGGAGAACGGGGACAAUUAUGGAAGAGAGAGUAAAUCGUCCUGGAUGGAAUGAAGACGAUGACGUAUCUGUUUCAGAUGAUAGUGAACUCCCCACAAGUACCACCCUGAAGGCUGCAGAGAAGUCUACAAUGGAACAGUUAGUGGAAAAAGCUUGUUUUAGAGACUAUCAACGUCUAGGUUUGGGAACCAUAAGUGGCAGCUCUUCCCGUUCAAAACCAGAGUAUUUUCGAAUCUCUGCCUCCAACAGGAUGUAUUCACUCUGCCGGAGCUAUCCUGGCCUUUUAGUCGUACCUCAAGCUGUACAGGACAGUAGUUUACCAAGAGUGGCCCGCUGCUAUCGACACAAUCGCCUACCUGUUGUAUGUUGGAAAAACUCAAGAAGUGGUACUCUGCUCCUCCGAUCUGGAGGAUUCCAUGGGAAAGGAGUCGUUGGUCUUUUCAAAUCUCAAAACUCCCCUCAGGCUGCUCCUACCUCCUCUUUAGAAUCUUCCAGUAGCAUUGAACAAGAGAAGUACUUGCAAGCCUUACUGAAUGCGGUUUCUGUCCAUCAGAAACUCAGAGGUAACAACACCCUGACUGUCAGGCCAGCACUUGCUUUGUCUCCAGGGACUGAAAGGAGGACUUCAAGAGUGUCCACUGUGCUUAAGCAGGUAGUGCCAGGACAUUUGGAUGUAAACCCAUCCAAUAGCUUUGCUCGAGGAGGUGUGUGGGCAAGUCUUCGCUCGAGCACCCGCUUGAUCAGCUCUCCAACGUCCUUCAUCGAUGUUGGCGCCCGGCUGGCAGGCAAGGAUCACUCAGGCUCCUUUAGUAACAGCGCCUAUCUACAGAAUCAGCUCUUGAAACGCCAAGCAGCCCUUUAUAUAUUUGGUGAAAAGUCACAACUGAGGAGCUUCAAGCUAGAAUUUGCUUUAAAUUGUGAGUUUAUUCCUGUUGAAUUUCAUGAAAUCCGACAAGUGAAAGCCAGUUUUAAAAAGCUGAUGAGGGCUUGUAUCCCAAGCACCAUCCCUACUGACUCAGAAGUGACCUUCCUGAAAGCCCUGGGAGACUCUGAGUGGUUCCCGCAGCUUCACAGGAUAAUGCAGCUGGCUGUGGUUGUGUCAGAAGUACUUGAGAAUGGUUCUUCAGUUUUGGUCUGUUUGGAAGAAGGCUGGGACAUCACUGCACAAGUGACAUCUCUGGUUCAGCUACUCAGUGAUCCCUUUUAUAGGACACUUGAAGGUUUCCGGAUGUUGGUGGAAAAAGAGUGGCUCUCUUUUGGUCAUAAAUUCAGUCAGCGGAGCAGCUUGACUCUCAACUCUCAGGGUAGUGGUUUUGCUCCAGUCUUUUUACAGUUCUUAGACUGUGUACACCAGGUUCACAACCAGUAUCCAAGUGAGUUUGAAUUCAAUCUCUAUUACUUAAAGUUCUUGGCUUUCCACUACGUGUCUAAUCGCUUUAAAACAUUUCUUCUGGAUUCAGACUAUGAAAGAUUAGAGCACGGAACUUUAUUUGAUGACAAAGGAGACAAACAUGCCAAAAAAGGAAUUUGUAUUUGGGAAUGUAUUGAGAGAAUGCACAAGAGGAGUCCCAUUUUCUUUAAUUAUUUAUAUUCUCCAGUGGAAAUAGAGGCUCUGAAGCCCAACGUAAAUGUCUCCAGCCUCAAGAAGUGGGAUUACUAUGUAGAGGAGACCCUGUCCAUGGGACCGUCCUAUGACUGGAUGAUGCUGACCCCCAAGCACUUCCCCUCUGAAGACUCUGACCCGGCUGGAGGAGCUGUGCCCCAAAGCCAGAGGAGGACAGUGUGGCCAUGCUAUGAUGAUGUCAGCGGUACUCAGCCUGAUGCCCUCACCAGCCUUUUCAGUGAAAUUGAAAAAUUGGAGCAUAAAUUGAACCAAACCCCAGAGAAGUGGCAGCAGCUGUGGGAAAGGGUAACCGUGGAUCUUAAAGAGGAGCCAGGAGCAGACCGUACCCAAAGACACCCAUCAGGGUCUCCAGGAAUUGUGUCUACCAACCUACCUUCCUACCAGAAGAGGUCUUUCCUGCACCUCCCAGACAGCAGCGUGGGGGAGGAGCAGAACGCCAGCAUCUCCCCAUCCAAUGGAGUGGACCGCAGAGCUGCCACACUCUAUAGCCAGUACACCUCCAAGAAUGACGAAAACAGGUCCUUUGAGGGAACACUUUACAAAAGAGGGGCUUUGCUGAAAGGGUGGAAGCCUCGUUGGUUCGUUUUGGAUGUAACAAAACAUCAGCUGCGAUACUAUGACUCGGGUGAGGACACGAGCUGUAAGGGCCACAUCGAUCUGGCUGAGGUAGAAAUGGUCAUCCCUGCUGGCCCCAGCAUGGGAGCUCCAAAGCACACAAGUGACAAGGCCUUCUUUGAUCUUAAGACCAGCAAACGUGUGUACAACUUCUGUGCCCAGGAUGGACAGAGUGCCCAGCAAUGGAUGGACAGGAUCCAGAGCUGCAUCUCUGAUGCCUGAUGCCCAUGGUUAAUCCAAGCAGAAGAUGUGGGGGAACUCAUGCUGCCAGAGAGGAAAGAGCAUGAAUCCCAGAGCUAGUGAGGUCAUGGCCCCAGAGGUCUCCUACCCAGUCUUCCCCAGCCUUGGAUUGCAGUCGUUGCUGAAUGGUGUGUCCACGGGACUGGGCAGGGGCCACUGUGUCUUGCACUAACUUGUUCUAACAGGGUCUUAGUGGUUAGGGAUCAGAAGAAUACCUCCUGAGCCAACUGUCAUCUGGCCCUAG